GGGCUCGCACGCCGGAGCGCUCAGCCCAGAAUUAGUGGAUUUAUUUGGAAUCUCCCUGCCUCCUCCAAGCUCCGCCGCCGCCGCCGGCUUGUGCAUAGACGGUAGCGUCAAGACACCAGCUGCACUUUGGGCUGCGGACACCCAGAGCCCAGCGCUCCCGCCCCGCGUCUCCGCACCAAGCCCUGCAGCUCCGAGAGGCAUGAACGGAAUCCGAAGGCGCCUGCCCAGCGCCAGAGGACCGGUCGGCGCUUGCUGCCCUCGGGAGCUGACCCCGAGCCCCUCCAGCCAUUUGUGAACCAGGAGGCUUGACAUUCGCCAGCGCAGGGCCCCACAAGAGAAAUUUCAAUGAAAAGAAAAGCCAAUGGAUUGUGGUCUUAGAAAAGCUGCUUAGAUGAUGUCUGUUUCCCGUGCUAUAGACACGUGGCAGAGCUGUAAGUAAAUGCUCGGCACUGCAUGAUGAAUUGGAUGGCUGCAGACCGGAGACAAAAAAAAUAAUUGUCUCAUUUUCGUGGUGAUUUGCUUAACUGGUGGGACCAUGCCAGAACGGCUAGCGGAAAUGCUCUUGGAUCUCUGGACUCCAUUAAUAAUAUUAUGGAUUACUCUUCCCCCUUGCAUUUACAUGGCUCCGAUGAAUCAGUCUCAAGUUUUAAUGAGUGGAUCCCCUUUGGAACUAAACAGUCUGGGUGAAGAACAGCGAAUUUUGAACCGCUCCAAAAGAGGCUGGGUUUGGAAUCAAAUGUUUGUCCUGGAAGAAUUUUCUGGACCUGAACCGAUUCUUGUUGGCCGGCUACACACAGACCUGGAUCCUGGGAGCAAAAAAAUCAAGUAUAUCCUAUCAGGUGAUGGAGCUGGGACCAUAUUUCAAAUAAAUGAUGUAACUGGAGAUAUCCAUGCUAUAAAAAGACUUGACCGGGAGGAAAAGGCUGAGUAUACCCUAACAGCUCAAGCAGUGGACUGGGAGACAAGCAAACCUCUGGAGCCUCCUUCUGAAUUUAUUAUUAAAGUUCAAGACAUCAAUGACAACGCACCAGAGUUUCUUAAUGGACCCUAUCAUGCUACUGUGCCAGAAAUGUCCAUUUUGGGUACGUCUGUCACUAACGUCACUGCGACUGACGCUGAUGACCCAGUUUAUGGAAACAGUGCAAAGUUGGUUUAUAGUAUAUUGGAAGGGCAGCCUUAUUUUUCCAUUGAGCCUGAAACAGCUAUUAUAAAAACUGCCCUUCCCAACAUGGACAGAGAAGCCAAGGAGGAGUACCUGGUUGUUAUCCAAGCCAAAGAUAUGGGUGGACACUCCGGUGGCCUGUCUGGGACCACGACACUUACAGUGACUCUUACUGAUGUUAAUGACAAUCCUCCAAAAUUUGCACAGAGCCUGUAUCACUUCUCAGUACCGGAAGACGUGGUUCUUGGCACUGCAAUAGGAAGGGUGAAGGCCAAUGAUCAGGAUAUUGGUGAAAAUGCACAGUCAUCAUAUGACAUCAUCGAUGGAGAUGGAACAGCACUUUUUGAAAUCACUUCUGAUGCCCAGGCCCAGGAUGGCAUUAUAAGGCUAAGAAAACCUCUGGACUUUGAGACCAAAAAAUCCUAUACGCUAAAGGUUGAGGCAGCCAAUGUCCAUAUUGACCCACGUUUCAGUGGCAGGGGGCCCUUUAAAGACACGGCGACAGUCAAAAUCGUGGUUGAAGAUGCUGAUGAGCCUCCAGUCUUCUCUUCACCGACUUACCUCCUUGAAGUUCAUGAAAAUGCUGCUCUAAACUCCGUGAUUGGGCAAGUGACUGCUCGUGACCCUGAUAUCACUUCCAGUCCUAUAAGGUUUUCCAUCGACCGGCACACUGACCUGGAGAGGCAGUUCAACAUUAAUGCAGACGAUGGGAAGAUAACGCUGGCAACACCACUUGACAGAGAAUUAAGUGUGUGGCACAACAUAACAAUCAUUGCUACUGAAAUUAGGAACCACAGUCAGAUAUCAAGAGUACCUGUUGCUAUUAAAGUGCUGGAUGUCAAUGACAACGCCCCUGAAUUCGCAUCCGAAUAUGAGGCAUUUUUAUGUGAAAAUGGAAAACCCGGCCAAGUCAUUCAAACAGUUAGCGCCAUGGACAAAGAUGAACCCAAAAACGGACAUUAUUUCUUAUACAGUCUCCUUCCAGAAAUGGCCAACAAUCCGAAUUUCACCAUCAAGAAAAAUGAAGAUAAUUCCCUCAGUAUUUUGGCAAAGCAUAAUGGAUUCAACCGCCAGAAGCAAGAAGUCUAUCUUUUACCAAUCGUAAUCAGUGAUAGUGGAAAUCCCCCACUGAGCAGCACCAGCACCCUGACAAUCCGGGUCUGUGGCUGCAGCAAUGACGGUGUCGUCCAGUCUUGUAAUGUUGAAGCUUAUGUCCUUCCAAUUGGACUCAGUAUGGGCGCCUUAAUUGCCAUAUUAGCAUGCAUCAUUUUGCUGUUAGUCAUCGUGGUGCUGUUUGUAACUCUACGGCGGCAUAAAAACGAACCAUUAAUUAUCAAAGAUGAUGAAGACGUUCGAGAAAACAUCAUUCGCUACGAUGAUGAAGGAGGAGGGGAGGAGGACACAGAGGCUUUUGACAUUGCAACUUUACAAAAUCCAGAUGGAAUUAAUGGAUUUUUACCCCGUAAGGAUAUUAAACCAGAUUUGCAGUUUAUGCCAAGGCAAGGGCUUGCUCCAGUUCCAAAUGGUGUUGAUGUCGAUGAAUUUAUAAAUGUAAGGCUGCAUGAGGCAGAUAAUGAUCCCACAGCCCCGCCAUAUGACUCCAUUCAGAUAUAUGGCUAUGAAGGCCGAGGGUCAGUGGCUGGCUCCCUCAGCUCCUUGGAGUCCACCACAUCAGACUCAGACCAGAAUUUUGACUACCUCAGUGACUGGGGUCCCCGCUUUAAGAGACUGGGCGAACUCUACUCUGUUGGUGAAAGUGACAAAGAAACUUGACAGUGGAUUAAAAAUAAAUCACUGGAACUGAGCAUUCUGUAAUAUUCUAGGGUCACUCCCCUUAGAUACAACCAAUGUGGCUAUUUGUUUUAGAGGCAAGUUUAGCACCAGUCAUCUAUAAACUCAACCACAUUUUAAUGUUGAACCAAAAAAAGAUAAUAAAAUAAAACAGUAUAUGUUAGGAGGUUAUAAAUCUUGUGGAGUGUGAACUAAGUAUGUGGAGUGUCUAGAAGUCCUUGGAUAUUUGAUAUUUACCUGACCACCAGAGACAAAGAUUGGGAUCCUGGCUAAUCCUUAGAUAAAUGGUUUAAAUAGAGGAAAAAAUCAUAAUUAAAAGGUGCUUUCUUAGAAAAAAAAAUACGGACAUGCAAGGAAUCUGCUGCUGAUAUGUGUCUUCUGCAAGGAUUUUUAUGAAUGCAAAUGGUUUUUUCCCCUUCACCAAUAAGGAUCCCGCCACAAAUGAUAAAGCAAUACUUGGUCUGCUGUACGUUAUAACUUUUUGGAGUUUUCAGAGGCCUCCUAGAUUAUACGGUACGGUGACCAUACAUUGUACAUAAUUGUUGGCCCCACUCACCAGAGACUGAAUAGCAUCUUUAAAUAUUGUGUCAAGCCUUAAAAUAUUCACAUGUUCGUAAUCCAUUCCAGGGUGGGGCUUGCCAAUUCAGUGGUGGGAGGAGAGAAAUCCCAUUCAAACAUGCUUGUUUUCUAGAAGCAGGAUUCCUCGUUCCCUCCUCUUCAUCUUG